AUGGGUCAAAAGGGGAAAGCGAAACAGUUCAACUUCGUUACAUUUGGAACUCCCGAUGAGAUGAAGAGUACGAGGGCUCGCCACUUGGUCUCGUCGCAUGUGUCUCGACUAUGGCGCAGGAAGACACAACCACUGACAAUCGAGCGACAAAUCCCUCUCCACAACUCAGCUUUUUGGACAAAUACAUCACGGCAGAUGAAGGAGAUCCGGUCAGGAAGCUCACGAGCUAUUCAGUCAAGAGAUGCCCACAAUGAAUUUGUCGCCGGAAUUCCCCACAAGAUCCCUGGUCAGAUAUCGAGCAGCAUUCAUUUGUUCCAGUUUCUACAAGUCUAUCCACUAUUCACCUGUCCAGUGGAAGUGAUGCUAGAUGGCGCCACGCCCCAUGCAGCAGGGGUUCUAGCAAAUAUCGAUGUUAAGGAGGUUUAUCCUGCAAUUAUAUCCAUGAGUCUCACAUGGUUUUGGACGCAGUUUCCCAGCCAAUACUUGCUUGAUAGCGCUCGGUAUUACCGCCUACAAGCGAUCUCGAGACUCAGACAAAGAAUGAAUCAUGAGAAUGUGCGGGAUGAUGUGGUGCUCAUGGUGAUAUGUCUCUUGCAGACCGAUGUGUGCCUUUCGAUACAUAGUCGUGAAAGCUCUCUAAUCUUGUACCAGGCAUUGAUGGGUGACAUCAAAGCACUCACGAUACAUCGAAAGGGACUUGAAGCAGUCCUACAAGGCAAAGAUGUCCGGCACCAAUCGAACCAAUACCUCAAGGUUGUCAAAGAUAAACAUGAUCUGCUACUUGACCUGAUGGGCGAACCAAUGCCAUUCGGUGCAUGGCACACGAUGUCCUCCGAAACACUUGAACUGCAUUAUUCGUCCACCCCAUUUCCUCUAGGUAUAUCCGAAGUUAUCGCCGUGCUUCCAGAAGGGUUUCGAGCCAUCGCUUCAGAAGGUCGAGGUCUUUCUAUCGAACUUGCAAAGUCCCACUUCAAUCGUCGCGGCGGAGCCUUGAUACUGAAAUCAAUCGAAUUCGACUGA